AUGACGCCACGUGGCAUGCCGUCGCCGUCGCCACGUGGCGGGUAUGCCAGGGGGGGUGGCGGGAGGGGAUCGGCGAGUAGGCGGAGACAGCCAUCGGGGGACGAGAGUAUGGACAUGGGCGGGCAGGAAAGCGGGUACAGCUCAUCACGGAGUGCAUCAAGACGACAACCUAUGGAUGAUGACGAGCGUUUUUCCCGAACCAACAGCUUCGGCCAAACCUCGGUCAGUUCGGCCCAUUCCGAACUCAUGCUCGACGACGAACGGCGGCCAGGCGGGGCUCGCCCCUCCGUCUCGCGCACUUCCUCCUCCUCCUCCUCUGUGUCCGCCAUGUCGGCCAUGUCCGCAGCUUCCGCGCGCGAUCCGCGCAGCCCCGCGCCCUCGCGCUCGAAACUCGGCGCGGGCGGAAGCGGUAGCGCGAGCGGGGGGGAGGAACAGGUGCAGUAUUUCCGCGCGAAGACGAUUGCGGCGGUGGGGCGCGGGGCGGACAAUAGGACGAUCUCGGGAAAGGACGUUCCGCGGCAGCGACUGCCCAUGCUUCCGCCGCCCGGAGCUCCGCAAGUCGUUCAGUGUCAGUGGUGCUUCCAAACCCUAGCCGUGCCAAUAAACCUGCCUCCGCCGAAGAAAGGUCAGCAGAAGCUGCGGUGCGGAAAGUGCCUCAAGGUGUCUCGCUACGCGGUCUUCCUUCCGCCCACAGCGGAAGAGGACGAGGAGGCGGAAGAUCAGCCGCCGCCGCCACAGCAGCAGCGCCAACGGCGGCAGCAGCAGCAGCAGGAGGAGGAGGCGGAAGUGGCGGAAGAGGACGAGGAGCAACAGGCGCUGUCCGCGCGCGGAAGGUCCGCGUCAACGGGGACGGGGGCUUUCAGAACGCGGAGUUUCCAGGGCAAUGCGCAGCCGCAGGCGGGGGCGAUGGGCGCAGGGCGCGGAAGCAGCAGCGUCAGCAGGGGCGCGGGGAAUAUAGGCCGCGGGCGGGGGGGGCAGCAGUUCGGGCAGCAGCAGCAGUACGGGCAGAUGCAGCAGCAAGGGAUGGAUCCCGCGGAUGGUGCACCUAGCCCCAGACCCAUGGGCGGAGGGCGUGGGGGAAUGGGCGGCGGAGGCAUGGGCGGAGGGGCUAUGGUUGCAGGGGGCAUGGCGGGGAGAGGCGUGGGUAGCCCGAGAGUAGCGGGGAGAGGGGGAAUGGCGCGGGGGGACAUGGGGCCGGGGAGGGGCGGAGGCGGAGGGGGAGGUGGGCCCCCAGGGAGGGGAGGUAUGGGGAUGAUGGGGCGGGGGGCGCAGAUGGGACGAGGGCGAGGGGGCAUGGUGGGGGGAAGGAGGGAUGUGGAAGAGGAGGAGGAAGAAGAAGAGGAGGAGGAGGAAGAGGAGGAAGAAGAGGAGGAAGAAGAGGAGGAAGAGGAGGAAGAGGAGGAAGAGGAGGAGGAGGAGAGAGUAGGGAACGGUCAGGAGUAUCGGAGGAGAGUGGUGGUGAACAGUGUGCCAAUCCCGGAUCGCCAGGUGGGAGAAGCUGAGAGGCUGGCUGGCCCCAUCAAUCCGGGCACCUAUUGGUACGACGUGGAUGCAGGCUUCUGGGGAGUGGUGGGUGGGCCCUGCCUCGGCAUCAUCCCUGCGGGAAUUGAUCAACUUGCGGUGGGACCGCUGCAAAGGCAGGCAUCGGGAGGGCGGACGCGCGUGGUGGUGAACGGCAGAGAGCUGCACCGGCGCGACCUGGAUAUCCUCAUGCAGCGCGGGCUGGCGGACGAGCCGGGGGUGGCGUACCUGCUGGAUAUUGACGGCAACCUCGUUGAUGCUGCCACUGGAGAAGAUCUUCCCCCAGGGCUUGGCAAACUCGCCCCCUCGCUGGAGGUCAAAGGGAGAGGGGCGGGCAUGUAUGUCCCAAAGUGA